GGUGCACACUCGGGGGCCGAAGGCAACCCUCAAAAAAGCCUCUGACUUCAUAAGGACAAAAACCGUGCCUGUCCCUUUAAGAAGCAUGACACAGGAAGAAAGUGAAAGCAUUCAGGCCUUUUCUGGGAAACAACCAGCAGCUCCGAUAUUUCUCCUAGCAGACCAAAACCAGCACAUAAAUGGCGUCCAGCAGCAGUCUGAGGAUCAGUUACUUUGUCCUAUCCAGAGCCCGGACCAACAGCAGGCUCUCUCAGAUGGAGCGGUGCUGUGUGAUAUUUGUACCGACACCAAACGAGAGGCUGUGAAAACCUGCCUGGAGUGUGUGGCUUCUUAUUGCGACAUCCAUCUAGAGCCUCAUCAGAAAGCUGCCGGCCUGAAGAGACACAGCCUUCUCGAACCCUUGUCGAACCUGGAGGCCCGCAUCUGUGAGGAGCACAAUCAACUCCGGAAUUUCUGUAAAAACGACAGCGUGUUGAUAUGUGACGUCUGCGCCGGUUCGCAACACGAAAACCAUGACGUAGUUUCUGUGCAGAAAGCCUACGAAGAGAUGAAGGCUCAGCUGGAGGACACUGAGGACAGAGCGCAACUCAUGAUCCAGGAAAAGCUCCAUGAGGUCAAAGUCAUAAAGGAGUCAGCACGGAAAAGCAAGCGAGACACCGAAGACAUGGCGGCGAAAACCGACAAUAGUCUGUAGGAUUCAGGAAAAGCAGAAAGCAGCAGAAAAACAAGCAGGUGUGCACCCUCGCAUUAAACAGCAGGAGAUCACUGAGCUGCUGAAGACAUAUAUCGAGCUGAUGAAGCUGAAACAGAAUGAAGAUCAACUGAGCCUACCACUCACAAAGGCCUUGCCCAAAAUCAGUUUUGCCAGUCCUGCCUAGUCAUGUGGAAUACAAAUGGAGCUCAGCCUCAGCGUACUGAAAAGUCUGAGCUCCCAAGUGAAUCGAAUGGAAGGGAUUGUGUCUACGAGGAACAAGGAAUUACAAAGGUCCUAUGAAGCCACCGGCGUCUCAAACGAUGAUACGCCGUGAUAUAUGAGGUGGGUAUAUUACCCAAAAUUGCCAUGAUACAGCUCACCCUCAGUUCAUUGUAUCAAUAACAGUUGAGAAUCCGUCCGUCAUAAGGAGUAAAUAAUGGAGUAUCCAGAGAACCAAGUGAUUGUAAAAUGUAAUUGAGAAAUUACAACUGCAAUGAGUGCACAUUGAUCAAGUGAGAUUAUGUUUCUUUAUGUUUGGUGUGGUUGCAUAAAAUAUGAAAGUAAAAAUAUGAUUUAUCUACCGGUAAGAUUUUUGAAACAAAUCUAUAUUUCUAGAGCUAUCUUACGAAAGCAUCAAAAUCAGAUGACUAACUCGACACAGCUGUACAUUUAGUACAUGUAUUUUGUGGCGCUCAAAUCAAAUCCUCACAUUUUUUAACACAAUGAAUUUGUUCUCACUGUUGUAUCUUACUAUUACACUUCACCAAUAAAGCUAUUAGUAACACUGGUGCUCCUUAACUGUUGAUUUUGUUUUCAUGAUAACAGAUGAAUAUGUCUUGUCACUGGAGUUAAAAAUAUAUUCAAAGCUGUAUAUGAUCUGUAAUGGCAUAAAACAUUUGAAUCCAGCUUGAUGGAAAUGUAAUAAAGUUAAAAAAAAAAAGUUGUACGUAACUAAACCAGGCAACUUGUCCACUCUGUCAUUUCCAUCUUUAGGGAAAAAAGGACAUCAUAUUAUUAUAUUUUUGUAUUGUAUCAUCCCUCUGCAUAUUUAAAUUCCCUGCUUCACUACUUUUAAAUUUCACUUCCUCCCUCGUCAUGUAUGCAUCAUUAAUGUUCGUUUAUUCAUCACAACACCCGCAGCGCUUGGACACACACAACACUCGUCGCUAACACCCUUCCUCAUUGCCACGACAACGGUACUCUGCCCAUCGCCAUGGGAACACUCAUUCUUACUGCUCCCAUAAUCCAUUUCCCAGCCACAAUGAGUAUUUGACACGGUUCACACUCGGAGGCUUGCUGUAUGGGGGGUGGGUGAUGUGUGGAAACAGCCCAUUCCACACAAAAUACACAAUUUAUAAUAAAUAUGCAAUCUGGGAAAAUUGCCUCUCUGUUUUCACUGUUUUAAUACAAUUUUGGGCAACAAAGAAGAGCAUCUUGUGCGACAUUUGCUGAAUUCUUGUAUUUGUAAUGAGGUGCUAAUAUUUUUGAAAGCCUUUCCGUACUUCCACAUGAUCAAGCUGGUUUGGCUGUUAUUUGUUGUUGCAGGAAGUGAGAGGUAUGGUUGUAAUUGAAUGUAAAAGCACAGAUAUUUCUGCUAUGAAUAUGAGAGGGAGGAGUUUUUCGCCCCAUCCCCCAAACAUGGCCUCUUCCCUACACCUCUUCGGGAAGAGAAAAGAGGGAAAUUAAACGCAGAGGGGUGCAGGCCGGAAGGAAGAGGAGAGAUGAGGACAAGAGGAGAAGCAGGGCUGAGGAGGGUGGAUUAAAUAAAGAGGAGAGGAGGCGUCGACAGAGGGGGUUCAGAGGAGUGUCUGAGUCACAAUGUGGGUUCAAAUGGAAGAAAAACAGACAAAAGGAGGAGAUGGUGUAGGAUGAGAGGCUGGAUGAAGGGACGUUUGAUUUAUAGACGGGAUGAGAGUGCCGUGUUCCGAGCAUCACCUCCUCCCACUCACCUGAGUUCUGCACCUCGUUUAAGUAACUGUCCUCCGCCACCACCUGCACACAAGAGAAGAGAGCCAGCAGUUAGAGAGAGGGCCAGAAUAUGAGUUUGUUAAACAUACAGUAAUUCACACAAUCACAGACUGAAAGGGCGGCAGUGGCUCAGUAUAGGGACUUGGCCUUGGGACCGAAGAGUCGGCGGUUUACGUCCCGAUGGACCACAAGAAAAGUGGACUGGUAGCUUUAAGGUGCCCUUGAGCAAGGCACUGAACCCCCAACUGCUCCCUGGCACCAGCACCAACUGGCUGCCUCUCCACCCUGGACCUCUCCAAAAAUGCAUGUGAUCACUUGUGUGUACUUGUACUUUGUCUUGUAUAACAAACAAUGCAUGUUCAUGUGUACCUAUAUACUUGUACUGUGAGUGUAUGAAAACAGAGUGGAAACUGAAUUUAGAAAAUAAAAAAAUUAAAUAAAGGUAAAUGUUCUUCUAAAA